CUGCACGUGGACACGGAUCCCCUAUGUAGCCUUCAAAUCUAGAAAAACAUGUUUGACAGCUGCUGAUAGCAUGUGAGCUAAUGCUUUGCCACGCAGGAGGAGUCGUGCACAGGUCAAAGUUUUAGCACUGUCUUGCUUCCUCGUUUAUUUCGAAGAAAAACAUGGCAGAGAUUUUCCCCCGCUUGAAUAUGUUUAGAAUCGGGUGGAGAGGCGUGAAACUGAGCAGGAAAGUCACUAAUGCAGCUGUUUCUGCGCAGACGCGACGCCGCUAUAGCACAGAGUGCAGCUUGUUUGGGCUUCUGUUUGACAUUGACGGGGUGCUGGUACGUGGACGGACACCCAUCCCUGCAGCCAAACAGUGUUUUAGGAACCUGGUGGACGGCGAUGGAAAGUACAGGGUUCCUGUGGUGUUUGUGACAAAUGCGGGAAACUCUCUGCGAGAGACCAAGGCCGAGCAGCUGUCUCACCUUCUGGACGUUGAGGUGUCACCAGACCAGGUGGUGCUGUCCCACAGUCCUCUGCGGGUUUUCACUCAGUUCCAUGACCUGUGUGUGCUGGUGUCCGGACAGGGACCCAUCGUGGAAGUUGCACACAAUGUAGGUUUCAAGAACGUUGUGACCAUUGACAUGUUAAGGGAAGCGAAUCCUCUCCUGGAUGUAGUGGAUCACAAUCGCAGACCUAAAGACAUGGUUCGCCCAUCUAUGGAUUUGCCCCCAAUAGAUGCUGUCGUCCUGUUUGGCGAGCCUAUCAGGUGGGAGACCAACUUACAACUGAUCACUGAUGUGCUCUUGACCAAUGGGAGGCCAGGAAACCCUGUGACAUCAUUGCAUUACCCACAUAUCCCCGUUCUGGCCUGCAACAUGGAUCUACUGUGGAUGGCCGAAGCCAAAAACCCUCGAUUUGGACACGGCAUGUUCCUCGUGUGUCUGGAGAGCAUCUAUAAGAAGAUAACAGGCUGUGAGCUGAAGUACGAGGCUCUGAUCGGGAAGCCCAGUGUUGUGACGUACAACUACGCUGAACUGCUCAUCAGAAAACAGGCCGAGAAACUGGGCUGGACCCGACCGGUCGAGAGACUUUACGCCAUUGGUGACAACCCGAUGGCUGAUAUUUAUGGUGCAAACCUGUACAACCGCUACCUCAAAGCGAUGCAUCGAACCCGUGCGCAGGCGCAGGGCGGCUUGAGCAGUCAGGUGACCGGAGACCUGCAGAGUGAAGCGUCCGACGAUGCCAAAGGUUCAGGACGGGUGAUGGUGGGAGGCUCGUUCGAUCACUGUCUGCCCGAAGGCUGCAGCUCCAUCCUGGUCUGCACGGGCGUCUACAACCGCGAUCACCAGGACCUGCCCUCGGACCCCGAGCAGACGGUCACAGAGCAGCGGAUCUUCCACGGUCACCGGGACUUCCGCUUCGACCCCAGUCUGACGCAGCCCUCCUUCAUCGUUCAUGACGUUCGGGACGGGGUGGAGUUGGUCUUCCAGCAGGAGGGUUGGUCACUGCAGUAAACCAUCGUUAAUUACUCCACAUCUACCUGCCAUGAGUCACGAAUAGGGCUGCAAAACAAUUAAUACAUGUAGUAUAGUAUGUACGUGAUUUUUUAACGAUUGACCGCAAUUAAUUGUUUUGCAGUUGUCGAAACGAAAUCAAUCCUAAUUAUAAUUCCUGUCCAUGUCCUCUUUUUGGCGAUUUUCGAGCCAUUUUAUUUUUCCUGUUCAUCUGAAAUGAUUUUAAUUUUAAAUAUCAUAUAUGUUAAUUAAAUUUGUCAAAAGUGUAGCAAUCUAUAAAGCGCAGCUAAAAAUAGACUUAUACGUAACUGCACAAGCAUACAAUUGACUGAGGCCCAUUUCUGCUUGGAGUAAAACAAAGGCAGCUUCAUAUCUUCCAAUUCACCUGACUUUAUAUCAUACAAUACAACAUUUCUUAUUUCUUACACUUUUUCUUAAGGUGAUAUCACACUGGGAAAAUAUAAUAUAUAUAUAUAUAUAUAUAUAUAUAUAUAUAUAUAUGUGGCUAAAAUACAUGCUACAUAUAUGUUGCAAACUUUCAAUUAAAUAGAUUCUUAAAAUAAAUAUAUACCCAAAUAUAUUUAUAAAUGUAUUUCAGGGGCAAGAAAAUACAUUUCCAAUCUUACAGUAGCCUACAUUUAAGCUAAAUAUAAUUGUAUAUAAGAGAUCUAAUGGUAGGUUUAUAAUGAUUUAAUAAUGUUAAAUAUUUUUUAUAUAUUGCAAUAUUGUAUUUUUUGGAGCAUUUUAAAUUGUCCCUUGCUAAUGUGUUAUAUGUUUGCACGUGUUAUAAAUAACAAAUCACAUUUUGUUUUAAAUGCAACAAAUGUGAAUGCAUUUUCUUAGACUGAAAUAUAUAGAGGUCAAAGAAUAUUUUUUAACUGAAUUUGUAAAUUUAGAAUAUAUUUUAAAAAAUUGACAAAAUGGCCAAAAAUAUAUUGGUAGAAAAUAUUUACAUAAAUAUAAAAAAAAAAUUCUUGUGCUGUUGGAAAUGUAAUAAACCAAACAGCUUUCUGUUGGUCAGUGCAGCAAAUCUAUGUGACCUGGUUGUAAAAUCUGUACGAGGAGCUCUUUAGACCUCAUGUGAAAAUCCUUAUCAGGUAUAUUCACACAAAAUGACUGGAUCUCCCCUACAAAAAUUUGCAGAACACCUUAAGAAAAAGUUUAAGAAAUAAAGAUGCAAUGUUAAGUUGCACAAGUAACAGCAAUUGUAAAAAAAAAAAAAAAAAAAAAAAAGUUUUUUUACACUAAAGCAAAACAGGCUUUAAUUAAUGAUAUUUUUAUGCAGUUACAUAGUCAGUUUUUAUCAUAAUAGAGUUUUAUUUAAAAAAUAUGCCAAGCUUUCGAUACAGUGUUUUUCAUCCACUUUACUGUUACUGCAGUCUGCUGUUGAACUGGUUCGUGUUUGUUGUGUUGAUGUGCUUUGCCCCGUGGGUUAAUAGUGUCACACCUUGUCCCAAAGCAUGUUCUCAAUCUUUUCUAAGCAGUGACCCUUCUUCUUCUUCUUCAAAAACUAUUGUGAAAUGUAGCACUUCACGUUUGAAUGAGUUUCGCAGGAAGACGUUUACAUUCUAUACAAGCCGAAAUCAAGUGCACUAUUUGGGAUCUCAAGUGGCUUAUGGGUAAAUUGUAAUGAGCUCUGACAGAGCAUUGAAAGAGAUAUUUUUACAAACACAAGGUUAAACGUUUGCAGCAAGGAAACACAUUCAUCCAUGAUGCCAUACUACCUCCAAUAGGUGGAAGUGUGUCUGUUCUCUGAUAUAUUUGCCAUUAAAGUUCACAUACGCCUCAGUUUGUGUAAAUGUGAACACUUUGGUUUGCUGUUUAACACAGUACCUCUUAAGCAUCGUUCACACAGUUCGUAUACUUGCGUUUUGUUAGUGCUGUUUUGUAAUUGUCUUAUGUACACAAGUCGGGUGUUUUGGGCAUCAUGUCGUACUGUAUUUUCAGGUGUAAUUCAAGUUAAAAUUAGUUCCAACUUUUACAAAAAAAGCGCAAUCGUGCGUGAACUGACUCGUAGGACAACGCUGUCAGUGAGCAACAACAAGCCGCGUGAUUAUUCUUGGUUUGUUUAAAAUUUGAACGCACAAAAUCCUCAAUUCAUAUCUAGUACUUUAAAUAUAUUAAGUGUUACGAAAAAACAAAGAAGGGAUUUAUGACGUACUGUUUGUAACGUUUUAUGCAUUUAAUUGUACUGUACACAACCGACUGCAGAAUAAAUGUCCCACAAGAGGUCAUCUGUAAUAUUGUACUUGUAUACAUGUUCAUUAUAAUAAUUAAUUAAAUGCAUCUACAUUUUCA